AUGGGAACCCGCAACCAAGAACCCUUUGAAUAUCCUUCCAUCCAAGACCUAAAGGUCACACUCCAAGACUCGACCCUAAUUUUUCCAUCCCAUGAAACUGAAAAAAAAUCCAUUUUUUUGUCCAACAUAGAUCAAAUUCUCAAUUUCAAUGUCCAAACAGUUCAUUUCUUCCCCGCUAACCCAGAUUUCGCACCGGAAGCUGUGGUCCGUAGGCUCAAAACUGCACUUGCGAAACUGUUAGUGCCGUACGAUUUCAUGGCGGGAAGGUUGAAACUGAACCACCAGACGCGCCGGCUGGAGGUGGAUUGCAAUGCUGCCGGAGCAGGCUUCGUGGUGGCUUCCUCUCAGUUUUCACUCGAUGAGAUUGGGAACUUAGUUUAUCCCAAUCCAGCCUUUGGGGAGCUUAUUGUUCAAAGCUUGGAUAACUUGGAAGCAGAUAAUCAACCACUUUGCAUUUUUCAGGUGACAUCAUUUAAAUGUGGUGGUUUUGCAAUGGGCAUAUCUACCAAUCAUGUCAUGUUUGAUGGGAUAAGCUUCAAAAAUUUCUUAGAAAACCUUGCUUCCCAAGCUUUUGAUGACAAACCCAUGGCUAUCGUCCCGUUCAAUGACCGUCGCCUCCUUGCCGCCAGAUCUCCGCCCCUCGUCACAUUCCCCCACCCCGAAUUGCUCAAGCUCGAGCUUCCGAUCAGCGAAGACUCAAUCCCUUCAGUGUUUGAUUCUCAACAGGAGCAUCUUGAUUUCAAAAUCUUUAACCUAAACUCUGAUAACAUAAGUUACUUGAAGGAGAAGGCAAAGAUCAAUGGUCCCAAUGAAAUCAAAAAGAUCACCAGCUUCAAUGUAGUCACAGCCCUUAUCUGGCGGUGCAAGGCCUUGUCAUCAGGUAAUAAUAGUGAAAGGUUAUCUACUGUGCUUUAUGCAGUUGAUAUUAGGUCAAGAUUGAAGCCACCAUUGCCAUUUUCCUACUGCGGGAACGCGGUACUAAGUGCUUACGCGUCGUCAAUCUGCUCAAAACUCGAGGAUGAGCCCUUCUCGAAGAUCGUGGACAUGGUAUCUGAGGGGGCUGGCAGAAUCACUGAUGAAUAUGCAAGAUCUGUAAUAGAUUGGGGAGAGAUCUAUAAAGGGUUUCCCAAUGGUGAGUUUCUGAUAUCUUCUUGGUGGAAAUUAGGGUUAUCUGAAGUGGAGUAUCCAUGGGGGAAACCGAGGUACAGUUCUCCAGUGGUGUGCCACAGAAAAGACAUCAUUUUAUUGUUUCCUGACAUUAGUAAUAAUGGAUCAAACAACAAAAAUGGGAAUGGAGUUAAUAUCUUAGUUGCAUUGUCUCCUAAGGAGAUGGAGAAAUUCCAAACCCUCUUUCACAAGUUCUUGGCAUCAGAAUAA